UGUUAUCGUGUUGUACGUUGACUGUUUGCUUUGUGCUGUCGCCAAAUGAAAAUAAACUAUUAAUAAAUUGACUUUAGAAUGCAGAUAAAGCCAAUUAUAACAUAUUCUGGCUCAUUUCCGCUUUUCCGAUCGCUUGAAGCGCAAAUACUAAAUGCGAUCCCAUUGGAUACUUGCGAAUGGCGACGCACCUUCCAAAGACCAACCAAACAUGUUCGCUUGGAGGCUCAAACUCAGCAGUUCAGUAUCGAACCACUGGAGCGAUAUAAGCUUGGAGAAUGGAGCAUACUUGAACACCCCAUAUUGCACAUCUUUGUUACAGAGUGUAAUGACAUUGAUACAUACAAGGCAACGAUAAGAGAGGAAAUUGAAUCGUGGCUUAAGCUGCUAAACAGCUAUGGUAUAUCCGAUUGGAUGAUCUUGUUGGUGGAGACGCUGGACAUGCGCAAAACGAAGAACUUAUUGCCACGUACCACGGUGCUGGAUAAAAUACGCUUAGAUUUUGGUAGUAAAAACGAUGAUCGUUGCAUUUCCGUAUUGAAUCCAGCUAAGUUUGAGCAGAAAUCGACGGAAUCUUUUCGCUGCUUGGUGCAACGCAUUCGCUUCCUAAUGCUCGCCAGUUACAAUCGCAAUAUAGCCAAAUACGAGGAGUUAAUACGGAGCAAGCGAGAAAAACGCAAUCAGGAUGAUUGGGACUUUCGUCAAUAUUUCUUUAUGCAGGAGGAUCUGGCACUGAUAUUUGAGAAAUUGGAACUUCCGACAGAAGCACUAAUACAAUAUGAUGAACUGGAUGCCAUGUUCUCACAGUUUAUCACGCACACGGGCUUCAAUGAGAAGCAACAAUGGCUGGCGUAUUUCAAGCGUCCGCUUACAGCGUUUCAUGGCAUCUGCUUAAGCCGCGUGGACAAGUUCGAGAUGCGUCAGAAAAUACGGAAUGAGGGAGUCUCACUAUUGGAAUUCCGUAACUAUUUGUUUGAGAGACAAGCCUAUUUAUUGCUCACAUGCAAUAAUAUACCGGAAAUAGCGAAACGUUUACUAGGUUUCCUUUUCUCCACGUUGCGUGAGGUGGAGUAUAUCAAACUAGACUGCCAGGAGGGAGCGCUGAGCUGCUGGGAGUUUGUCUGCGCUCUGGAAGUGCUGCAGCUUUGUGAACAGGCGAUGGAACCUAAUGAAGUGACGUGUUUCCAGCACUGCGCACCGAUUUGGAAUCUGGCCAAGGACAAGCUGUAUGAGCUGGGUAAACUGUGUGGCUUAUUGCCAGGCUGCACGCCAACUUCUGAGCAGUUGCACAUUGUGGUGCAGCUUUCAUCGGGCAUUGGUGAUGCACCACCACAGCAGCAGCAACAGUUCCUGCAGGCUAUGCCGCAACUGCGUGAUCGUUCGCCGAAUCGAAAACCUAAGUUGUCGGCGGCGCAACAGCUCAAAGAGGCCUUGGGCUCGAAUCAAACAUUCCAGAAGCUCUAUCUGGAGUUGGCGGAGCUAGCAAUCAGCACCUAUAAACACGUGACACGCUUAAGAUCUGCUCGGUUGGUUGGUCUCGAUUUGGGUAAAUUCUAUUGCGCCUUGAAUGAGCCGCAUAAAGCGGUGGGUUUCUUUACGGACUUACUGCGAGAAUUGAGAGCAGAAAACUGGCAUAUGCUUAGCUCACAGACGCUGUUGGAACUGGCCAACUGUUAUCGAAAGAUGGGGGAUUCGUUGGCCUACACCAAAACCUGCAGCUCCAUAUCGUGCUGUGCCGAACUGGAAAUUCUCGUGCGCACCUUCUAUUUUGACGAGUUCCUCAAGUCGUUGAAAUCGCUGGACACAACUUUAUCGGCGCAGCCGUCCAUUGAGAAUGCCAACUACUGCGUGCUGGAGGAUCAUUUUCGCACGCUAGACAUCGAAGUGCUUAAUUCAAAGACAAUUAUACAAGAUGACCACCUGCUGGUGCAACUAAAGUUGGAAAGUCUUUAUCCGCGUGAGAUUGUAGUUGAAUGCAUAAAGCUUUGUUAUGAGCUGCAUUUAGCAAACUAUUUGGAGGACGGCAUGCAGGAAGUAGCUCUGAAAGAUUCUGGAUCGCAGCUAAAGGUGUCUUUACAGCUCUUCCAUAAGCAGGACAAUACGUUGAACUGUGCCUCGGUCGUUUGUGACACGCCGAAAACAAAACAACCGGUACGACGCACCAGCAGCACCAAGCGCAAACUCUCGCCCAGCGUUCAGGCUGACUUCACCAACAUCGUGCAGAUUGAGAACACUGCCCUGCAGCCGGGCAUCAAUCUAAUCGAGUUAAAGGGUAAGGCAACUCGUGUUGGACGUUGGCAGUUUAAGCAGUUAUGCAUUAGCAUGUCCAGUCUAGAGUUUCUCUCGGAGCAAUUGCCGUUGAGUUUACAGCCACCUAGCUUCGAGAUAUGCACCAAGCCAGCAAGCGCCUCGCUGGAGUUCAAGACACUUAUUGCGGGCAUUAUACAGCCCAUUAAUUUGAAUGUUGCCGGCGGCAGUUUCAUCUUUCCAGCAGAUGCAAAGAUCACAUUGCGCUGCUCCAAGAAUUUACGCGUACGACAGGCUCUCGAAUCAGAUGGGACGCUCAGCAAUAGCGAUGCCAACUUCGACAAUGUUUUGCAGUUUCCUUUGCUUCAAUUCAAAUCUUUCGAGGAGCGUUGCAUACCGCUUGAGGUGCUUACCGAUAUGCCUGGUCGUAAAGUGGGAAAACAUCACGAGCAUCAUAUAACGCUCAGUUGUCCCUGGUCGCGCACUGAUAUUCAAAUACCCAUUGAAUUUCAGCCCGCCAUGGAGGCGACGUGCCGGCUGCACACGUGCGGCACACAAAAGUUCCUGCAAGUCAUUAUGAAGGGUCUGGAUGCACGGCUACUGCUGCAGAACGCCAAGGUGAAGUGUGAUGUAGCCGGCGUGCGGCUGCUCGAUCUCAAUCCUGAGUCGCAGACCCCAAUUGAAAUUUAUAAAUCGUUGACGGUCACAUAUCUGUAUGAGAUACAAGUAGAGCCUCUGAAAGCGGAGCACGAACUACCCAUCGUCAAGGUGCACUUUGUGGUCAAGUAUGCCACUCCAUCUCAGCCGCAGGUUUGGCGGAAUUAUGGCUGUGCCUUCGAUCUGGUUGACUAUUCAACGCUUUUCAAGCUGCAGGCACAGCUUGAGCCGAACGAACUCUGUCGCCUGCGCACUGUUUGCAAUUUGAAUAUAAAGAUAACUAAAAUCAAUGAGAACCCAUAUGUUGAUCUAAUGUACGAGGUGCUUAAUGAUCAGAAUCUGUGGGCCGUAUGUGGGCGUUCUGCUGGCGUUGUAUCGAUGAAGGAUGUGGACUGCCAUUCGAUAUCGCUGGAUGUUAUGCCGUUAAGCACGGGCUUUCUUCCCAUGCCCAGUAUACGACUGUCCAAGUAUACAGCGGGUGGCAAAAAUAAAUCAGAUGCCCAUUCCAGGGUACAUCCGUUUCCCCCCGGCCAGGUGUACAACUCAACCAAAAGCAUGCAGAUCCAUGUCAUAGCGAGUGUCAGCGGUGACCAGUGAACAGCCAAAUAAAUAUAACAAAGUAUUAUUUAUUGUUAAUAAGCGCAACAUAAUAAUAGACAGAUCAAGUUAAGAUCCAA